UCCAUGUGCAUGAUUGCCGUCUCGGCUGAUUUGCAACGGGAUUCCUUCGCUUUAAACAUUACUUGGGCCGUGUUUGCUGAUACUUGUACGGCUGUCUCGCUCGUUACUAUCGCUGUCGUUGUUGUCGCUGUCGCCGCCCACGCCAAAAUGUCGCUCUCUAUCCGCCUACUGCUCAUCAGCAUUUUCCUUACCUUUGCAACACUCAUUUCUGCGCAAACGGCAUCACCAUCAGCUGCACCAUCCACCCCGCCGCCUACUAGCAGCACCCCACCGCGAGGUAACGGAACUUCUACAAGACCGCCAGAGGUUGCGCCUACAGGAUCUUCACCCCCAGAUGUGCUUCUCCGUGUCCCCGAACUCCACGUAGGCAGAAUCGAACUAGGUGUUGAGAGGCUUCAGGCAGACCUCAACCUUAAUGCUAAGGUUGCCGGUCUUGUCCAGAUCAAUGCUGGUGUUCAAGUCGCCGUAGAGAAGGUCAACAUCACUAUUGCUGAUGUGGAUGUUGAUCUCGAGUUGGUCGUACGAUUGGGCAACCUUGUUUCCAUUGUUGAGCGCGUUUUCGAUUCUUUGGACCUGAACCCUCUUCUCAUCAGUUUGAUCGGAAACGUCACCAACUUGGUUGGAGAAGUGAUUGGUGCUGUGGAUGGCCUUCUGGGAUCGAUCACGCAAAAUGGAAAGACACUCAACUUCUUGGUUGAUAACCUUGGUAACAUCGUCCAAGAGGUCGUGGGAAGCGGCGGAGAUGCCCUUCAGCAGAUUGUCGGAAACUUCAAACUCAACAUGACCGAGGUCACUGGUAGCGCAAAGCAGGUUGGUCAGGGACUUACACAGAAGACCUUCAACUACGAGCCUCUCAACGCUCUUGUCGACAUUGUGACAAACACUGCCGGCCAAGUCGUUUCGGCCGUAGUUCAAAAGAAGAACGGCGGUGGUAGCGGUGGCGGCGCGUCGUCCACAGCUUCUGCCUCUGGCACUCCAAUGCCAGUCAGUCUGCCUGUCAGCUCAGCCACCAGUACUUCGUAGGCAUAUAUAGCCCUGUGAUAAUGGCAUAAUCUAAUGCGUCCUUG